AUGGACAAAAAGAGGGAAAGAGGUAGUAGAAGCAAGGUCUUGAGGUUUUUUGUCGGAGCUCUUCUGUUUCUUGUUGCCUUCUGGUUUCUCUUCGCCGGAAUUAUUGCCGAUCACGCCGCGAAGACUGUCACCUUAAAAGUUGCUACAUCAACGGAAAGGUUGCGAUUGAAGCAUUGGAAGUGGAAUGGAAGAGAGAGAGAUUUUCUUCACGGGAACUCCAAUUUCUUCCGUUACGUGAGCAAGAGACGAGUGCCUAAUGGGCCUGAUCCCAUUCACAACAGAAAGGCAGUGAAGACUAGACAACCACCUGGUGCCUGAAAAUGUGUUUUUAUCCGGCACUUGUUGAAGCAUGAAAAAAU